UUUUUUAGAGAGCGUCACGUGACCGAAGUCUCAUGUUAAGCGGAGUUUUGCUUUUUUUCCAAGAAAAAAUAAAACUUUAAAAUGGACAUAAAAUUGAUAAAGCUAAUUUGAUGAAAAAGUUAACAUCUUGUGAUAACUAUGGUAGGAUUUCUAGAAAAAAUACGGAACAAAAACAAUCAAAAAGAUGAAGAAACUUUAAAAUCUACUCUUAAUGUUAGAAGUGGUCCCUUAGGAUACACAACACUUCAUGAUGCAGUUUUUUCUAAAAAGCCUGAUAACGUUAAGCGAAUACUUGAUUAUGGGGCAGAUGUAAAUUCGAUGUCAGAUGGUCGUUAUACACCACUGCAUAUAGCAGCAUCUAUAGAUGCAUGCAGCUGCAUUGAAGUGCUACUUAAAUAUAAUGCUAACACAGAAUUAUGUGAUGAAAACAAUAAAACACCAUAUGAAACAGCAGUUUGUAAUAGUUGUGUUAAUUCUGCUCGACUUCUACUAAGUCACGAUAUACUAACAUGUCUGAAGCAAAGGCGCAAUCAUGAUUUUCUUAAGUAUCUGAAAACAGUUGAUUUCGAGAGUGUUACUCCUGAUUGUUUUGAUAAAUGUCUCAAUUUAGCAGUUGAAGAAGACAACUAUGUUGUAAUAGGAAUUAUUUUAAUUCGGAAACCUCGUUAUGCAAAAGAAUGUUUGAUUGAUGCACUAAAAAAACCAAAUUUUUCUAAAAGCACUCUUAUAUUGUUAUUAUGUUAUGCUGUUGAAAAACACUUUAAUGAUGUAAUCAAAGUAAUUUUUGAGAACAAAGAUGUGGAGUUAGACAAAAAUCAAUUGUUCAAGUGCGACAUUCAUAUAUCUGCUGAAACACUGCGUCAUUUAAAAUCAUUUGUAAGCAAUGACAAAGUGUUUGCUUACCCAAUUAGCAUUGGAUGCAAUCAUAUGGUGAAAAAUUUUAAAGGUGUUGAAUAUAUGUUAUUGAGCUUAUUUUGUGAUAAGAAAAACCUUAAAGCUGAUUGGAGAGGACUCCUGCUACGUUUCCUUCAUGAAGAUUGGUUUAAAGGUCUAACAAGUUAUAAAGAUGUUAUCCUUUCUCAUAAUAAAAUUAAAAGCAUAUCCCCAACAAAUAUUUUGAAUUGUCUCGGAGCUGUAGAAAAGCUGAAUCUUAGUUCAAAUAAAUUACAAGAUGUUCCCUCAGAAUUGUUUAAGCUUCCCAAACUUCGCAUUCUAAAUCUUUCAUCAAAUCAGUUAAGACAUCUCCCUAAUGUUAAAGAAUGGUCACUAUUUCUUACAACAUUAUCUCUUGAAAAAAAUUUAUUAGAAAGUUUUCCAUUGCAUGUUGAAGGACUUAAAUUAAAACACUUAUAUUUAGCAGAUAAUAGAUUAAAAAGUGUUCCUAAAAGUAUAUGUAACCUGAAAUGUUUAGAAACUCUUGAUAUUAGUCGAAAUGUUGAUAUUCAUUCAUUACCAGUGAGCAUGGGAAAGUUAUCAAAACUUACUCAACUAGAUUUGGAUGGCUUAGAGAUUGAAGAUCCUCCACCUGAAUACAAAAAACCUAAAGAAAUUCUGAAUUAUUUAAAAGGAAAAUUAAGACACUCAAAAGCCUAUUACAAAAUGAAACUAAUGAUUAUUGGGUUUCCACAGCAGGGAAAGACAACUCUGCUUAAAAGGCUUAAAGAUGAUACUAAUUACAAUGUGGAUCAAUCAACACAUGGUAUUGAUAUUGAAGAGAUUACAAUAUCUUUAUCAAGAAAAGACUUUAAUUUUCGAGUUUGGGAUUUUGCAGGACAAGAAGAAUACUUUGCAACCCACCAGUGCUUUCUAUCUUCCUCUUCUUUAUAUUUAUUGGUUUGGGAUGUAACUAAAAAAAAAGAAUAUGUCCAAUUACUUCAACCAUGGUUUGAGAAUUUAGUAGCUCGAGUACAAUUUUUUUAUAUUAUUGUUGUUGGUACAAAAUUAGACCUCCUCAAGAAUGUUGACAUAGAUAGUGCUUGUGAUCAAAUGAAAACCGAGAUUCAAACACUUAUUGAAACUAUUCCUGCUGUUAGAAGUUUAAUGAAUAGCGAUAAAUAUUUUUCUUUAAGACUAAAAAUUUGUUUUGUUUCUUUAGACACAAAGUGUCAAAGUUAUUCUAAAGACAUUGAUAAACUCAAAACAGAAAUCUAUCUUUUGGCAGAAACUAUGACAUAUGAUGGGAAACAAAAUGGGGAGAAAAUAAUGGGUAAAUUGUUUCCACAAAUUUAUAUAAAGUUGGAAGAAAAGAUCAAUGAAAUUAAAAAACAGAAAGAAAAUAAUAGUGAGGUUCCAAUAAUUAGUCGAGAAGAAUUCAUUUCUCUUGCGAAGUCAUUAAAAUGUGAUAAUGAUGAUAUCUUUCAAGAUGAUGAUUUAGAACCAGCAACUAAGUUUCUGAUGAACACAGGAACUAUUCUUCAUUUUGAUGGUGCGAAUGAAGGUUUAAGAGAUAUCAUUUUUAUUAAUCCAUCUUGGAUUUGCAAAUUAAUGUCAAAAUUUAUCACUGUAGAUGCUGUUCAUACAUUUGUUAAAAAUGGUAUUUUAGAAAAAGAUAAAAUUCCAUUAAUUUUAAAAAAAGAACUGGGAAAUGAAAAUCCUGAUUUAAUAAAAAAAUGUAUAAGUUUAUUAUCACGAUUUCAAGUUGCUUGCAAGAUAGAUGAUCAUAGAGUUCUUAUUCCACCGAAACUUCCAAGUUACGAUCCAAAAUAUGCAUUGUUGAUCAAAUCAAAUAGCCUACUCACUCGUUAUUAUUUUUUUAGCUGUAUUCCCAAUGGUUUUUGGGCUCGAUUUAUUACGCGUUUUUUAUCAAUGACUAAAGAAAUGUUAUCACCCAAACCAAAUACUGAAACAAAGCCCAAAGUUUCUAUAGUAAGGAACGAUUUACCAAAAGAUGAGCUAGAUGCUGUAAUGUCUUAUUGUAAAGAUGAGAAACCUCCUAAAAUAAAUGAAACAAACUCGUCAAACAUUCUAUAUGUUAUAACCUCUCCCAAAACAAACUCUACUUUAAAUCAAAUUCAUUUUUUUCAGCAACUAUCCAGAAAUAUAGAGCCAUCAAUUAACAACCCCUCUGUCUUUAAUAAUGUUGAUAAUUUAGUACGUUGUCUUCCGAUAAAGUGUUUUCCGAAUAACUCUGAAACAUCAAAUGAUUCUAAAAAUAGUAAUUCAAGUAGUUCGUCAAGCAGUACUGUGUCAGCUGAGAGUUUUUUUAACUCUGAUGCAAAAGCUCUGUAUCAUAGUUCUAGCAGUUGUAACAGUAGUAUAAACAAAAAACUAAAUAGUAUUUGUAGUAAAAAAGUUCCAAGUAAUUCACACAAUGAAUGUGUAACUUUUAUGUCUACUACAGGUAUUGUUAUUGAUAAUGACACUAGUAAUGAUUUUGAUAAUGAUAUCAAUAAGUUUGUUAUCAAUCCUAAUAAUUAUGACAAUAAUAGUGAGCAUAAAGAUUUUAAUACUGGCAUUAAUAAAAACUAUUUAAAUAAUGUCAAUAAAGAUAUUUAUAAUGAUUUUAUUGAUGGAACCAAUAAUAGCAUCAAUAAUAGCAUUAACGCUGAUUUAAGUAAGGACAUCACUAGUUAUGUUAUUAAUGAUGUUAAUUAUAGCAUUAAUAAUGGUGUUUAUAAUGAUUUUAAUGAUGGAAUAAAUAAUGAUGUUAACAAUGAUUUGAAUAACAGCAACUAUAAUUGUGCUGAUAAUGGAAUAAACAAUGGCAUUAAUAAUGAUGUUAACAAAAUGGUUAAUGAAAUUCUUCCUGCUGUAGAUAGUUGUUUUAAUCAUGUUAAUGAAAAUAAUAAUUUUAUACAGCAUCUCAGUGAUGUUAUGAUUAUAUCAAAAGAGUUUCAAGAUUGUGUAAUCCAUAAGUUUGAAACAAAUUCAAAUGAGGAACUUACAAGUGAUGGAAUUGUAAAAAAAGGAAUAAAUAUAGUUGUUGCAGCAAAUGAAAAUCAAAAUGAAACAAAAAACAUCAAUCUUACAAAUUCUCAAUCAGAUUGUAUGGUUGAUGUUGAGCUUAAUUUUGAUCAGAACUGCAACAUCUCAAAUAAUAGUGGCGUUAAUAAUGAGUUAAAUAACAACAUCAAUAAUUUUGUUACUAACGCCAUUAAUUAUAACAUUAAUAAUGGUGCUUUUAAAGAAGAGCUUCAAAGCUGCACAAUUCCUUAUCUUAAAACAAAUAAAAAUGAGGUAAUUGCAUGUAAUGGAAUUGUAAAAAUAGAAACAAAUUUAGUUGUUGCAGCAAAUGAAAAUCAAUAUGAAGGCAAAAACACCAACUUUACAGAUUCUCAAUCAGAUAGUGUAAUAAGAGCUGAGCUUAAUUCUGAUCAAAACUGUAACAUCUCAAGUAGUUUUGAUCAGAACUGUAACAUCUCAAAUAAUUGUGAAAGUAGUUUUAAACAAGUUGGUGAACAAAGUUGUGAUCCGCCAACUAUUGUUAAUGAGCUAAUCAAUGUAAAUCCUAGUGACUGUAAUUGUAAUGAUGGUAAUUGCAGCAAUGAUGAGAUUCCAAAGCAAACUAAUUAUAAUGUAAGUUCUAAUGUCAAAGAUAUUCCUAUCUUAGAUUCUCAUAUUGAUGCUCAUGUAGAUGGCAUUGUUUUCGAAAAUGAUGACAAUAAAAAUACUGAAACUGAUGGUCAUAUGCAUGUGGCAACUGAAGUGGACAAUGGUUAUUUUGAUGCUAGCAUGCAAAUAGUUUCAAAACAAGACUGUGAAGAUUAUAAUUGUACAAAUGAGGAAAAAAAAGAAGAAAAUGAUGAACUUGAAUCUCAACUUAUAAAUGAACUGUCCAAUAAUGAUGAAGAUUAUGAAGAACAUUUUAAUGAUUAUGGAGAACUAGCUUAUCUGUUGGACAAUGGCUAUUUAAGUUGCUGGAAUAAAGGAAUUAUAUUUAAUCACCCACAAUUGUGUUUUUCUAUACAACAGCUACCUAUCUCAUUUAAAGCAGAUAGAAAAACGAUUGAAAUAUGUGUAACUAAAUCUUCCUUAGGUUAUCGUGUUCUCAGCUAUGUUGUUGAUCAUAUUAGAACACUUUUAAAUGAAUGGUUUGAAGGUUUGUUGAUGUCACACAAGGAACCUCAUGUAGUUUCUUCCCUGGCAUGUCCUAUAUGUACGAGCUUGGGCAUAAAUCCACCUCAUUUGUUUAACAUAAGUACUGCCUUUCAAAAACUGUAUCAAAUCUCAGAAAAUAAUACUUGUGCUGUGUUUUGCGAGCGAAAACAUGUACCAAGAACAAUAAAUAUAACAGAGUUUUGUCCGGAUCUUACGUUUCAAGAUUUACCAAAAACAAUGAAGUUCAAUUCCAAUGAUAUUCAAUGUGAGCAAAAUGAAAAUUGCAAACUGGGAGAAGGCCAAUUUGCAAAAGUUUAUAGUGGUUUUUGUAAAAAUAAAAUCAAGGCUGCAAUAAAGUUUUAUAAAUUCAAGAUGAACAAUUUAGAUGAACUUUCAUCAUCAUUGAAUCAGUUUUAUGAAAUUCGACAAGAAAUUGUAAUGCUCAGUAAAUUACGUCAUCAUCCUUAUAUAAUUCAAUUUUUAGGUUUUUUGCUGAGGCCAGAAUUGUGUGCUGUGAUGGAAUGUGCUAAACAUGGCGCUUUAUCAUCUCUCAUUUAUGAUGAAUCUAAAACCAAAGUUAUCCCCAGAAUUGUUAAGUUUCGAAUUUGCCAGCAAAUUGCAAGUGCUUUAGCUUUUAUGCAUAAAAAAUAUAUUAUUCAUCGCGAUAUAAAGUCAGAUAAUAUUUUACUAUUCUCGCUUAAUCAUAAUGCAAAAAUCAAUAUCAAGUUAACUGACUUUGGUACAGCGAACUUCAUGAGUCCAAGUGGUUUAAAAACAUUUUUUGGUACUAAAGGUUAUGCUGCUCCAGAAAUGAUUUUACACAAAAUGUUUUUGGAUGAAUACACUUCUAGUGUUGAUAUAUAUUCGUUUGGUAUGGUUAUAUAUGAGUUAAUUGCAUAUAAAAGACCUUUUUAUCAUGUUGAGGCUUUGCAUAUAGAUAAUGAAGUCACAAGUGGGUCUCGACCUUCAUUUGAUAACAUUCUAGAUGCAUCUUAUGGGUUGGUUAAUUUAACCAAGUUGAUGAUAACCAUGUGGCAUCAAGAGCCCUCCAAAAGGCCUCCUGCUAAUGACAUUCUUAAUAUGUUGUCUCCAGCUUUUCAAUUAGUUUUUGGUUUUAAAAUGUUAGAUUCUACAGAAAAUCCACGUGAUUGGUGUUAUAUAAGCAGCUGUAACACACUUUGGAUUACAUGUGAUGACAAGAAAGCGCAAUACAUAAUUGUAAUCAAUAUGGAACGUUUUGAAAUUGUCAAAAAAAUUGAACUAAAAGCUAAAGAUUUUGAAUUGGAGAAUUUCAAUAUGUCAUCCAUUACACCUAUUGGUGAUAAACAUGUAUGUGUUGUGUUACGAAGUCUUAAUGAUAUUCUUUUAAUUUGUAAAGCCAAGGACUACAGUUUUAAAACCCAUAAAAUAGAGGAUGGUUAUAUUUGUUCGAUCUCUGCAAACAAAGAUUGGGUUUGUCUUGGGUUUGACGACGGCCGUUGUUCUAAGAUAAAAAUAAAAACUUUUUUAAACGGUAAAUUAAAAACAUUUCAUAACUUCAAAUUAAAGGAAAGUUUUCCCGUAACUACCUCGGUUUUAUCGUCCGAAUCAUUCAUUUGGUCAGCAGGUUGUUCAUUCAUACAUUGCAACUUAAAGAAAAAUGACGAAGAAAAGAUACGCGAUGAUACUGAAAGAAAUGUUAAAGAAAUCGUUUUAUCGUUUGAUGAAAAGUUAUUUUUUGUUUCUUAUCAAUCUAGUCCUGCAAUUCAUAUCUACAGUACAGAAACUAAAGAAGUAAUACACAAAUUUAGUUGUCAGGACGAUAUUUUAAAGUAUUCACCAGAAGCACUUAACGUUGAUCUCAGAGUGACGUGCAUGUGUUCAGUCAAUAAUAUGUUGUGGGUUGGUACCGGAAGCGGACAUAUACUUAUUUAUGAGGUGCGUGACGUUGGUAGGAUUUAUAAACUAUUGCAAGCACUUCAUCCAUAUGCGAUUGAAAUGAGAAAACUUUUGCUUGUUGUCUUGACUCAAGCACGUCAAGACGGCGUAAAAUAUCUUAUCGUUAGUAUUGGAAAAGAAUUAAACAAAAACGCAUUCGGAUUUAGUUCGGUUUUUGAAUUUAACGGUUAUGUUCCGAAAGAUCAAACAGCAAAAGAUGAAAAACGCUUAGAUAAUGGUUGUAAUGGCGGUAACAACGGCAAGGUAAUUAUUGUUUGGCAUGUUUUGGAGUCGCACCAAUAUGAAAACUUAAUUUUAUAAUAUUAUAAAAAAAAUUUAACUUUGCCGAGGUUGUGAGAGGUAUUUUUUGAUUUUCUAUGCUAUUUCUUUAAUGCAAGUUUAGUGUUUUAAAUUUGUUUUUACAAACCGCUUUUUUUUAUAAUUUUUAUAUAAUUCGUUGUUCGUUUGUAUACCAUUAAAUCAUCGAAAUUUGAAUUUUUAUAAUUAUAUUUUACAAAUAUAUUUAAAAUUAAAAAAGCCUGACUUAUUUCUAGUAUAAAAUACUUUUAAAAUUACACAUACUUUGUAUUACAACAUAUAAUACAAACUGAAAUAUAACAAUACCUCUA